AUGGAUAACAAAGCACUGGAACCUGACUGUGUUAGUAUUUCCAUGGAGGACAGUAUAAUUUGUAAUGGAGGUGCUCAGAAACAAGAGGCUUCCAUGUUGAAGCUGAAGAAGGUUCAGAACCAGAUCACAGAAGCACAGCGUUUCACCCAUUUACCCAAGCGCUCACCUGUGGAUCUUGAGUUCAAUGAUAUCUCUUACACCAUUCAGGAGGGAUCCUGCUGGAGGAGGAGAGGAUUCAAAGCUUUAUUGAAAUGCCUCUCUGGAAAAUUCUACAGCCGGGAGCUAGUAGGAAUAAUGGGGCCCUCAGGUGCUGGAAAGUCAACCUUGAUGAACAUAUUGGCAGGAUACAGGCAAACAGGAAUGAAGGGUGAGAUUCUUGUCAAUGGGACACCCAGAGACCUGAGAUCAUUCAGGAAAAUGUCAUGUUACAUCAUGCAGAAAGACAUGCUGCUGCCAAAUCUUACCACACGAGAAGCCAUGAUGGUGUCCGCCAACUUGAAGCUCAAUGAGUCUAUGGAUGUAAAGAAAACACUGGUGAAUGAGAUUCUGAUUGCAUUGGGUCUUCUUGAUUGUGCUCAGACCCGAACUUGCUCACUAUCAGGUGGUCAGUGUAAAAGGCUCGCAAUUGCCCUUGAGUUGGUCAACAAUCCACCAGUUAUGUUUUUUGAUGAGCCUACCAGUGGCUUGGACAGCGCAUCUUGUUAUCAAGUGGUGUCCCUGCUGCGUUCUCUAGCACUAGGAGGAAGAACAAUCAUCUGUACGAUCCACCAACCAAGUGCUAAGCUCUUUGAGCUGUUCGACAAGCUAUACAUUCUUGGUCAGGGUCAGUGUAUCUACAAAGGCACAGUACCCUACCUCAUCCCUUAUUUGAAGGGACUGGGACUUAACUGUCCUACCUAUCACAAUCCUGCAGAUUUCAUUAUUGAAGUGGCAUCAGGAGAAUAUGGAGACUUGAACCCGAUUUUGUUCGAAGCAGUCCAAGGAGGAAUGUGUGCAAUAGAAAAGAAGAACCAGACUGAUAACAAUAGUUCACUGGUCUGUACUACAAAACCCUCCAAGGAUGCUGGAAACAUGGAGAAACAUACUUUUGCCACAAGCACACUGACACAGUUCUGCAUCCUCUUCAAGAGAUCCUUCAUAACAAUUUGUCGAGACCAGGUUUUGACACACCUUCGACUUAUGUCCCACAUAGCCAUUGGUGUACUGAUAGGCUUGCUGUAUCUUAACAUUGGCAAUGAUGCCAGCAAGGUGCUUAACAACACUGGAUUUCUCUUCUUCUCAAUGCUUUUCCUCAUGUUUGGAGCUCUCAUGCCAACUGUGUUAACCUUUCCCUUGGAGAUGUCAGUGUUUCUGAGGGAACAUUUGAACUACUGGUACAGCCUGAAAGCCUAUUAUCUGGCCAAGACCAUGGCGGAUAUUCCAUUUCAAGUGAUCUGUCCCAUCGUGUACUGCAGCAUUGUGUACUGGAUGACAGAGCAGCCUCCUGAAGUCAGCCGCUACCUGCUCUUCAUAGCACUGUCCAUUUGCACGUCUUUAGUGGCGCAGUCUCUUGGCAUUCUUGUUGGCGCCGCCUCCACCUCGCCGCAGGUGGCCACAUUUGUUGGACCGGUCACAGCCGUCCCAGUGCUGCUUUUUUCUGGAUUCUUUGUGAACUUUGACACAAUCCCAAAGUACCUGCGGUGGAUCUCUUAUGCGUCAUAUGUUAGGUAUGGCUUCGAAGGAGUGAUUCUGUCCAUUUACGGAAUGAAUCGUUCAGAGCUGGAGUGUCCGGGUGGGGUGUGUCGCUUCCAGCAGCCUGAGGAAGUUCUUCAGCUGCUGGAUGUACAAGAUGCCAAGCUCUACAUUGACUUUGCUGUCCUGGGUGUGUUCUUCCUCGUGCUGCGUCUAGCCACUUACCUUGUACUCCGUUAUAAGAUGAUGGCUGAGCGCUAG